CAGAGGCUGCUUUCAUACAACACACCGUCGCAGUCACUAAUUAGUGGGUUUACAAUUAACCAUAGUCCCUUUGAGCACAAUAAGUAACUUUUAAAUCAGUUCAGGAUACUUGUUUUUCGCACCCGGUGUGACUGAAAGGACGCACACGGCGAGCACCUGACAACCAACCUGCAAUUUGAGAUUAAAGGGGUUUGUAAGAGUGAUAUCCCUGCAGCAGACAGGUUAACUGCAAAAUAGCGUUUCUCAUCCUAUCCUCGGACUACUGCACGCCACAGGAGGGUCUCUUCGCUGUCCAGAACAAGGAUGAACAGGAGAAACUGAGGUGAAGCUUCUCCAGUGCGGCUCUGCUGUGAUAAAUGUCAGCCUGUCCUGAUUCUUGCAUGGGUUUUUCUCUUCAACCAAAGAUCUCCCCUGGCGGACUGAACAAACGAGUCGACUCUACGCCUGUCCUCAGUCUAAUUGUGGUCUGACGGCACUCCCCGACAUCAAAGCUCUCCGUUACUCUUGCUGUCUCAUCCUUCUUCUAAGAGUGGGGGAUGUCUGUUUUCUAACACCUUUCAGCCUGCUUAUCUACUCGAUCUGUACAUCUGCGACCAACACUGGACAUGGAGGACUAUGACGUUCGCUCGGCCGCCAGCAUCAUGGCCUCGGUGAAAGAGCAGGAGGCGCGCUUCGAGCAGCUGACCCGAGCCCUCGAGGAGGAGCGUCGCAAUGUCACCCUGCAGCUAGACCGCUCCGCCCUGCCUCCCAACACCCCAACCAGCCAGCCGCUAGCAUGGCAGCAGGUGGUGAUGCAGGAGCAGAGCCCCAGCAACGCCACAUCCCUAGCGAUGAUGCAGGAGCCCCAGGAGGUGGUGGAGGAGACGGUCACCAUCGAGGAGGACCCCGGCACCCCCACCUCCCACGUCUCCGUGGUCACCUCCGAUGACGGCACUACACGGCGCACAGAAACAAAGGUGACUAAGAUGGUGAAGACGGUGACCACUCGAACAGUGCGCCAGGUGCCGCUGGGCCCCGACGGCCUGCCCCUCCCCGAGGGCUCGUCCCCGCUGGGCAGCUACACCGACUCCAUCGACCGGCGCUACAUGAAGAACGGAGGUGACCGCUUCAUCACGCCUCAAGCAUCCUCCACCCUGACGCGCUCCUACAACAACUCCUACAACGACUCAUACGGCGAGGCGCCCGAGAGCCAGUACGUCCGCCACUACGGGCUGCACGAUGGCUACGCCGAUCUGACGGAGAACUACGGCAGCCUUUCACGUGGGGUCAACUUCCGGCCGCCUCGCUACCCCUACAUGCCCAACAGCUACCGGCCGGAGAACAGCUACACCCUGCCCAUUCGCAAGGAUGACUACGGCCACGUGGCCCAGCCCCAGGUGCCCAUGGGCAGCAGCACCGUGGAUCUGAACCGCUCGCAGCCCGAACGCUUCCAGGCCGAGCCGUACGGCCUAGAGGACGAUCGCCGCAGCCUUCCCCCUGAAGAGGAGGAGCCAUACGAGCUGGAGCCGGACUACUCCACCGCCAACCGUCGUACAGGCACCCUGCAGGGGCCCAACCGGGGUCGCACCCACCGGGAACCUCUGCGUGAUGGGCCCAGAAUCAGAGGAUACCCAGACGAAGCCAUCGAGCCAGAGCUGAUCGAUGAGCGCCACCCCUACAUCCACAGCAUGUAUUCAGCUCCUCUCGCCCUCCCAGAGAGGGGCAGCAUGGCCAGUUUGGACCGCUUGGCAGGCCGGCGUUCCCCCUCCAUCGACAGCAUGCGUAAGGACCCGCGCUGGCGUGACCCCGACCUCACGGAGGUCAUCGCCAUGUUGGGCCACCCCAUCGACCCGGUGAAGUCCAACGCUGCGGCCUACCUGCAGCACCUGUGCUACGAGAACGAUAAGAUAAAGAAGGAUGUGCGUCAGCUGAAAGGGAUCCCUGUCCUGGUGGGGCUUCUGGACCACCCCAAGUCUGAAGUCCACCGUAAGGCGUGUGGCGCCCUGCGCAACAUCUCCUACGGAAAGGACAACGACAACAAGGUGGCCAUCAAGAUCUGCGACGGCAUCCCGGGCCUCGUGCGCCUGCUGAGGAAGACCAACGACAUGGAAGUUAGAGAGCUCAUCACCGGAACCUUGUGGAACCUGUCAUCCUACGAGCCCCUGAAGAUGGUGAUCAUAAACCACGGCCUGCAGACCCUCACCAACGAGGUCAUCAUCCCCCACUCGGGGUGGGAGCACGAGCCCAACGAGGACUCGAAGCCGCGGGACGCCGAGUGGACCACCGUGUUCAAGAACACCUCCGGCUGCCUCAGAAAUGUGAGCUCCGACGGGGCCGAGGCUCGCCGCAGACUGAGGGAAUGCGAGGGAUUGGUGGACGCCCUGCUGCACGCCCUCCAAUCAGCUGUCGGGAAGAAAGACAUGGACAACAAGUCUGUGGAGAACUGUGUGUGCAUCAUGAGGAAUCUGUCCUAUCACGUCCACAAAGAGGUGCCGGGCGCCGAGAGGUUCCAGGACCCCUCGGCGCCGCAGACCCCCGGCUCAGCGGGACCACAGAGGAAGAAGAAGGACGACGCCGGCUGCUUCGGAGGGAAGAAGGCUAAAGAGGAAUGGUUUAAUCAAGGCAGGAAAAACGGUGACAAUGACAAAAACUACGACACAAUCGAUCUGCCCAAGCGCUGUGAGCCGACCAAAGGCUUCGAGCUGCUGUAUCAGCCUGAAGUGGUGAGGCUGUACCUGUCUCUGCUGACGGAGAGCCAGAACUACAACACCCUGGAGGCGGCUGCAGGCGCUCUGCAGAACCUCAGCGCUGGACAGUGGACCUGGUCCAACUACAUCCGAGCCACGGUGCGUAAGGAGAAAGGUCUUCCCAUCCUGGUGGAGCUGCUGCGCUCUGACUCUGAUAAGGUGGUGCGGGCGGUGUCCAUCGCGCUGAGAAACCUCUCCAUCGACCGCCGCAACAAGGACCUGAUCGGAAGUUAUGCCAUGCGGGACCUGGUGAGCAACCUGCCGUCGGGCCAGCAGCGGCCGGCUAAGAACCUGGAGGAGGACACGGUGGUGGCCAUCCUGAACACCAUCCACGAGAUCGUGACCGACUCCUCGGAGAACGCCCGCUCCCUCGCUCAGGCGCAGGCCAUCGAGAAGCUGGUGGCCAUCAACCGGACCAGCCAAUCGGCUCGCGAAACCAAGGCUGCGUCCCACGUUCUGCAGACGGUCUGGAGCUAUAAGGAACUGAGGAAUGCUUUGACCAAGGAUGGAUGGAACAAAAGCCACUUCCAG